GCCGCCACCGCGGCUCACGGGCCUUGGGCUUCCCUUGAAGCAUGAACCUCCUCGCCCGCCGCAACCGGCGCUGCGCGGGCCGCGGACAGUGCCCCCCCGGGCCCGGUGCGCACAGCCUCAGGAUCCCCUGCGCCCGCAGCCCGGGCGCCGGAGGAGCUCGGCCGGGGGUUGGCGGCAGGCAAACUGUGGGUGACCGCGCCUGUGGGGGACUUUGCCAUCCGUCCACUGGGACCUGGGGAGGAAAAGCCAGAAGCCUCCCAUCCCCUCCCCUUCCACCAAUUCGGAUACCCCGCAGAGACUUGCUUUGGGGUUCUCACUGAUUUCCAAGAAGGACGCGUGCCCCUCUCUGAUCCCAGCGCGGGCGGCCACCUGUCUUUGCCGCGGUGACCCCUCUCCCAUGACCCUGCGGUGCCUCGAAUCCUCCGGGAAUGGCGCGGAAGGGACGCAGAGCCAGUGGGGGACCGCGGGGUCUGCGGAAGAGCCGUCCCCGGAGGCGGCGCGUCUGGCGAAGGCCCUACGGGAGCUCGGUCAAACAGGUUGGUACUGGGGAAGUAUGACUGUUAAUGAAGCCAAAGAGAAAUUAAAAGAGGCACCAGAAGGAACUUUCUUGAUUAGAGAUAGCUCGCACUCAGACUACCUACUAACAAUAUCUGUUAAAACAUCAGCUGGACCAACUAAUCUGCGAAUCGAAUACCAAGAUGGGAAAUUCAGGUUGGACUCGAUCAUAUGUGUCAAAUCCAAGCUUAAACAGUUUGACAGUGUGGUUCAUCUGAUCGACUACUAUGUUCAGAUGUGCAAGGAUAAGCGGACAGGCCCAGAAGCGCCCCGGAACGGCACCGUUCACCUUUAUCUGACCAAACCGCUCUACACAUCAGCCCCGCCUCUGCAGCAUCUCUGUAGACUCACCAUUAACAAAUGCACCGGCACCAUCUGGGGACUGCCUUUACCAACAAGACUAAAAGAUUACUUGGAAGAAUAUAAAUUCCAGGUAUAAGUGUUUCUCUUUUUCUAAACAUGCCUCCUAUAGAGUAUCUCCGAAUGCAGCUAUGUAUUAAAAAAAAAAAAAAAAAAAAGGAACCAAAACUUGAGUCACUACUCUGGAUAACUACUCGGAAUUCUAAAAACAGCUGAAGUCCAUCUAACUUAAACGUGUGACGAGGUAGCUAGGUAUUUAAAGUUUCCCCAAAUGUUUUCACCUGAGUAAUGCUUCCUUUCCUAAGGCUGGACCAAGACCAGCUGAUCCUUUUAAGUUAAAAAUAAAAUAUCCUGAGUAGAGGCUGAAGGAACAUUUUAUCAGAAUGCCUUGCCUUCCCAGGGUUCCUGUUUGUUAGGUAGAAGGCCCAGACCCUGGCGGUAGAGCGAGAACUCCGUGCAGGAGCACUGAAGAAGUCGAAGGAAAAAACUGACGCAGGCUUAGCUUUAAUUUUACGUGCCUGGUGAUCAGAGUCUACUUGAGGACGUUUUCUGUUUUUGCGUUCUUGAUGUACCUAGGAGUUUUGUUAAACAGAUCCUGCUUGUGAGUAUUUAUCCUCCUUUUUAUGCAAUUAACCAAAUCAACCAAAAAGGUGACCAUGAAAUCCUGUAUUUGACUUUUUACUACAUGUAUGAACUCUCUCAUGUGAAUGAGUACUGUAGUAAUCCAUUUUAAGGGAGCCUUAUUUCAGAAAUAUUUCAAACUGGUGCAAACGGAAAAGACUUGGUCUUUUCCUUUAAGGCUAAAGAAUGUCGUGCUAUACAGGUGCAACUCAAUCCCUGUUAAUAAAACCAUGUAGAUACAGACAUUUUAUCCUUUGAAGGAGCUGUAUCCCAGCCUGUUGCCAUUGACUUUUGGGAAACGGCUUUAGAAAUUUCCAAGUUGUCCUUGAAUUGUCUGACCACGGACAUCAGCACUUGGUCUCCCUUCUACCAUGUAGAAUACUUCGACUUAAUUUUCUUCCAGAGAUAGGGGGAUACUUGCCUGUUUUUCAAAGUGUUUAUUUACUGCUGUUACUAUUUGAUUAGAAUGUAUUAAAUAAAAAUACUUGACUUUUA